AUUAGCAAACAUGGCCGAUCGGGGAUUUUUCACUGUUCCCGUUUUAGUUUUGUUGUUGGCGGCGGGGUUUGUAUGCGGUUAUUCGCUAACCCGAACCGGGUUGGUGUGGUUAGUUCCCCUCGUCGUUGCCCUCGCAUUGUUGUGUGUGAGAGCACGACUGGGGUCCAACGCGAGCAGUCUCAACGCCUGUGUGCUGGUUCUGGGAGACAUCGGACGCAGCCCCAGAAUGCAGUACCAUUCUCUGUCCCUCAGCAAGCACGGAUAUAGCGUAACAUUAGUUGGCUUUCUUGGUACAAAGCCUCACCGUGUUGUGCUUGACAAUGAGAAGAUCAAAAUCGUCCCAAUUUCAGAUGUUCAAGGGCUAACAGUCGGGCCAACGAUUUUCCGCUACGUUGCAAAGGUUAUUCUGCAAUCGCUGCAGCUGUUUUAUGUGCUGCAGAAGAUUGAUCUCCCAUCCUAUGUUCUCAUGCAGAACCCUCCAGGCCUGCCCAGUAUAGCUGUAACAUGGGCUGUCUGUGUGGUACGGGGCAGCAAGUUCAUUAUUGACUGGCACAACUAUGGGUACACUAUUAUGGGACUCACUCAUGGAGAGAAUCACCCCAUUGUACAGAUUGCAAAGUGGUAUGAAAAGUUUUUUGGAAGGUUUUCUAAUCACAACCUUUGCGUCACCAAUGCCAUGAAGGAAGAUCUGCAGAAAAACUGGAGUAUUAAGGCUACAACCCUUUAUGACAAGCCUCCAUCAAUAUUUAAAGAAGCCAUCUUGGAUGAUCAGCACAGGUUGUAUGUGAAGCUUGCCAAGGAUCAUUCACUGUUUAGGAGAGAGCCUGUAGGUGAUCCUACCGAGGAAAGAACUGCAUUCACAGAGCUGGAUCAGAGUACAAGGACUGCGAGACACAUCACUCACCGCCCUGCUUUACUGCUUAGUAGCACCAGCUGGACAGAAGAUGAAGACUUCUCCAUUCUUCUGAAGGCUCUCGAAGAUUAUGAACAGUUUAUCAACAAUGGGGCCACAUUGCCUUCGCUGGUGUGUGUCAUAACAGGCAGAGGUCCUCUGAAAGAAUACUACAAAACACAGAUUAAUAAAAUGCACUUCAAACAUGUUCAGAUUUGCACACCGUGGUUGGAAGCAGAAGAUUAUCCAGUCUUGCUAGGAUCUGCUGACCUUGGGGUGUGUCUCCACAAAUCGUCCAGUGGCCUUGACCUUCCUAUGAAGGUGGUGGACAUGUUUGGCUGCUGUCUCCCUGUCUGUGCUAUACAUUUCAAAUGCUUGCAUGAACUUGUGAAGCAUGAAGUGAAUGGAUUGAUAUUUAAAGACUCACAAGAAUUGGCUGAACAGCUAAAGACACUGCUGGCUGACUUUCCUAGCACUCACAGCAAGCUGAGUACCUUCAGGAGGAACCUCAGGGAGUCUAGACAGCUUCGGUGGGAUGAGAGUUGGGACCAGACUAUUCUUCCUCUUCUGACAGCUGACGCGUAGCACAGUGGCAAAAUUGAAAGGGGUCCCAGGCACCCAAAUGUGGACAUAACGCCAUCUCAGUUUUAAAUGACCCUGCAUUAACCACACAACAGCAGCCACCAGAUACUUUAUACUUCAUAUUAUUCCCAAUUUCAGACCCAUUAACCAUGUGGUAUACAAAACUUACAAAGUUGUGUCUUGUUUCUCCCUAACCUGUGAAAAAAGUUUAAAUUCUAAAACUGCAGGCAGCUUCCUAUUUACAUUGUUAAUGUGUAAAAGGUGCCUGGCGGUAUGGACAAUUCGUGGAAUGAAAGUAGGUUGGACUUAUACUGUAACAAUGAAUUUCUCAUGAUGUUUACAAUUUAUGUUUGGAUAAGGGUUUCCAUAUCAACAGCCUUAUAGACUAGGUCUGCAAGACUUUAGCCAUGUUGAAGCUGGCAGGUGCAGCAGCACCACUUAACAGAUGACCAGAGUGGCAUGCUUUAGCAGUUCUAGAAGUCUUGUGUUAAUACAGUUUGCUAGAUGACUUGACUGAGGCUACAAUGUGCAUAUAUUGUAUUUGUGAAAUAACCUGUUCAGUGUCUAUUGCUUGAACAAAAUUAAUGAGGCUGGCAUUAAAUGAUUACCUUGUUAUUAUAAGUCAGUGCUCUUCCUGUCAUUCCAUGAUAAUGUUGGUAAGAUUAUAUGUUGAAAUUUACCUGUAGUGUAAUUUUAAUUGCAACCAUUACAUUAGACCAGUUGCUUUUUAUUUUGAAACUUUCACUGUGACUGAUGGAGAAAUGGAAAUGUAUGCUAGGUCGUACACAGACACCACGUUUGUUUGUGGAGUGUAAUUGCAGUGCCAAACGCUGUUGGCUCGGGAUUGUUUACCCAACAUGGCUUCUGAAAACUAAUUUACUGCAGGGCUCUGGAAAAUGGGACUGAAUGACAACUCGUCCUGCUGUGACCUACAGAGCUCAAAAAGCCAUCAACAUCUCCAGGGCCACUGCUACAGCAUCCUAAUUGUUCCAACUUCAAAAAAAAAAACUAUCUGCAGCAAAGUUAGACUGUCUGCCACGCUCUGCUGCUUAUUUAAUACCAAGACUGUCAAGGAAAACUCAUAGCUGUCAAAAAAAUAUCCACAGAAAAACAGCACGUCAAGCAGUCUGCAAUCUUAAAUUACAUCACGGUGCAAGGAUGGUCUGUAAUCCUAAAGAAUGUACGCGAGGCAUUUCCUUAAUGUACGGACCAUGUCAAGGCUGUCAGGUGUCCUUGGAGUUGUGCAAUGAGUUGAAAAUGUCUUAAGACAGUACUUCUCGCAACCUCCUCAAAGAUAUUUCUGACUGCUGUGACAGGUUUGUAGUGGUAAAUAAUACUUCUUCACAGCUGCUAAAAUUCUAGAAAUAUAAAAAGAUGGCUACAUCACAGCUCUUGUUAUAUUUACUACUUACUGAGUUCUGUAUUGUAGAGGCUUUACGUUGUGGAUUGUUGAUGCAAUGUGAACUUCAGGAAUGCUGUCUGAAGCAGCCCAACUAGACAGCAGACAAUCUCUGGAUCAUAAACCACAUCCAAAGAGAAUAGCAAGACAGGAUGAAGUUCUAAUAUUACGUUAUAUAUUUGAAUAGGUUAUAUGUAGAUUAUUUAGUUACAGGUGAGUAGAUGUCUUUUUAACCCAUGAAACAGGCAUGUGUAGAUUAAGAUGAAGACAGACAAAACCAUUGAUACUAUGAAGAU